AUGGAGAUGAUGGAUGGCUGCCAGUUCUCUCCCUCUGAGUUCUUCUAUGACAGAUCCUGCAUCCCUUCCCCCGAGGGUGAGUUUGGGGACAGGUUUGAACCCAGAAUGUCCACGUUCGAAGCCCACAAAGUGGACCUCCAAGGCUCGGAUGAAGAGGAGCACGUAAGGGCCCCCGUGGGCCACCACCAGGCGGGCCACUGCCUGAUGUGGGCUUGCAAAGCGUGUAAGAGGAAGUCCACCACCAUGGACAGGAGGAAGGCGGCCACCAUGCGGGAAAGGAGGAGGCUGAAGAAAGUGAACCAGGCAUUUGAGAUGCUGAAGCGAUGCACCACGGCCAACCCCAACCAGAGACUGCCCAAGGUGGAGAUCCUCAGAAAUGCCAUCCGGUACAUCGAGAGCCUGCAGGACCUGCUGAGAGAACAGGUCGAAAACUACUACAGCCUCCCGGGGCAGAGCUGCUCCGAACCCACCAGCCCCACCUCCAAUUGCUCCGACGGGAUGACUGAAUGCAACAGUCCCGUCUGGUCCAGGAGAAACAGCAGCUUUGACAGUUCCUACUGCCCAGAAAUUCCUAACGUCUACUCCAUAGACAAAAGUUCCGCAUUAUCCAGCUUGGACUGUUUAUCCAGCAUAGUGGAUCGAAUCUCCUCAUGUGAUCAGCCUGGGCUUCCUCUCCCGGACCAUGCCUCCCUCUCUCCAAUUGCAAGCACUGAUUCCCAGCCAGGAACACCGGGAGCCCCUAACUCCAGGCUCAUCUAUCACGUGCUAUGA